CUACUCUUUCUCUGUAACAAAAUGAUUCUUUCUAACAAAAUGAUUAUUAAGUUGAAUUGGAGGGGGAAAAAAAAAAAGGGAAGGGCACUUCACAAUCAAGUAGUUUGUUAAGGAAAUUUGCCCUUCCCACUCAAUUAGUUUGUUGAAGAAAUCAGCAUUCUCACAUCAUAUUGAACAACUGAGUGGUCCAAUCUAAGGCAAGGUAGGUAUAUGUGUGAAAUUCUUUUAGGAUUCGUUGAUGUAAAAUGCAAAUUUGUCUAGCCCUAAAUUCAACCAAUUGACAACAAUAUGGGCCUAAUUAGGCCCAACUCCUUUUUUUUUUUUUCUCUUAAGUUUUUUUUAUUUUUUAUACUCACAUUGUAGAUAUUUUUUUACUACUGAAUUUUUAAUUUUUAUAGCUUACCCAAUACAUUUCAUUCUCCACUUUCUUCUUCAUUACAUUCUAUACUUAGUAAGAUCAUAACAUUUUUUCCUCAAACAAUUUUUGAGAAACCUACCAUGUCCAUUAUCGAGACAACAGUCAGGGAUAAAAUAUGUGAUCUAAGACAUCUAGGCAAUACUUAUCUAGUUUGUACGAGGGAUGAUGAAGGUAAUCUGAUUUGGAGGUGCACAUUGUGCCAAAAAGAUUUCAAAGCAUUUACAUAUGUCCAAACCGCUGCUGAGAUCCAAGGUCAUUUGACCUAUGAUCAAGGCCACAUUAAAAUGCUAGAGUUUCUUUGAUAAGACAUUACAUAAGAAUAACCCUGGGCCAUUUUUAUGAUUCAAUAGUGUUUUCAAUACAUACUCCUGAUGUUCAAAAAGUUGAAAACGUGAUCUGCUUUGGUGAGUUGGACGAUAUGAAAAUAGAUUUUAUUGGAGUGUCGACAAAGUAUCAGCGACUUACCGAUAAUAAUGCGUUUGUAAAGAAACUUUGGUUCAAGUGGAGUGCUUGUGAAGCCAUACCUCUGGAUAUGCAGAAUGUUCCCCGACAUCAGUAUUCCUUUAGAUAAUUUUAAAUUUGGUCAAAAUUUAGGUCGACAAGUUACUCUGGGUGAACAGAUGGAGAGUAUGAGGUUGUCGGACAAACCUAAAAAGGAACUUAAGCUGAAGGAAGUCAUGUUUGAGCGAACUUGUCAUCAGUGCUGUAGCAAAAUACUUCCUGGAUCGGAUGUGGGCACGUUCCUGCACAACGCAUCUUCGAGGCUUUCUUGUAGCUUUUUCAAUGAUACAGGGAAUUUCCAUGUGUUUCACAUGUCCUGCAUAAUUCAUUGGACUUUGUUAAUGGAUGGAGUGAGUCUAAAUGGACCUAAAGUUGAAGUCACACAAAUUAAAGGCUAUUUGGGAAAAGCUGUGGAGGCGACUCCUCAAAAUAUGGCUAAAAUUGAUGGUUACCUGCACUGUCCUGAAUCUUUGCAGCAAGGAUUCUGAUCCGAACUUUCUUAAUCUGGUAUUAUUCUUUAAUUUGUCAAGUCAUUGCAGUGGAAUUUGAAAUCUUAAAUUGCAUAUCGUUCUUUCUAUUUUUCACUUGAAGUGCCUUAUUAUAUUGCUUUGAUUUUGAUAUAAAGUUUUGUUCAUAAGUAUUAGAUUACUUUUAUUUCUCACAAUUGUCAUAUAGGAUAAUGUAUUUCAGAGUAAACUAAUCAUGCUAAGUGAUGUAAAUUUGUAGAAUUUGGACGGUAAGAAGAGCUGUGCUCUUUGGAUAUUCUGUCCAGUUGAUAACCAAGUCUGAAUUGAUUUUGAGAUAAGAUUAUAUUUAGUUGAUGCAACUUCCUCUGUGAGGAAAGAUAGAGUAUAGGAUCAUUUGAACUGGUAAGUUAAGAUAUACGAUAUAUAUGUUUGUAUGACUCCAGUGAACUAAAGAAACAUCCAUUGCCAUACCUUAGAAUUUAGUACAUUGUAGAAUAUUGCAAUGUAGAAAUUCAAGAGAAAAUCCUGUCCUUUUGGUAUUCUGUCCUGUUGUUAGAAAAGUCUGAAUUGAUUUUGAGAUAAUAUCAUAUUUAAUUGAUGCAACUUCCUUCCUAUUUGGGUAAAAGAUAGGAUAUAGGAAAUAAAUUUUCACAUGAACUGGUAUGUUAAGAUAUACGAUAUACAUGUUUGUAUGACUCCAGUGAACUAAAGAAACAUUAGUAAGGAUCAAUUCAAAUAAAUAAGAUAUUAUCUGUGUGUUUAUAGUAUAAUCAGUUGGAUGUUUUUGUAUAAAAUUUUAUUUACUAAUAUGAAGAUGUGUGUAGUUUAAUUCAAUUUUUAAAAUAUUUUCUAGUAUAAGACGUUGACCAUUUUUGUUAAAUAUUUUUUGCCCUACAAACUUCAAUAUUGCGUAAGCAAAAAUAAAAACACAAAAAUUGAGGCCUCAAAUUUUUGGGGCCUAAAUCAAAGACUUCACUAGUCUCCCCUUAAGCCAUCCUGAAGCAAGAUACUGAUUAUGUUAAGUAUAUUGAUGAAGUAUUUCACUUGCAAAAUCUCUAUAUGCAGCCUAAUCGUUUUAGUUGUCUCCCAAUGCAUGAAAGUUGAAAUUUAAUAUUAA